CUUGAUUAUUCAUUUCUAAAUCGCGCUGUCGCGUGCUAGCUGGGUGUAAUAAAUAUCCACACAAGCGGCUAGAACAACAUGUAAAUACAACUUUUCGGUAAAAUGAUCUUCAUAAUUCCGGUGUGGCACAUAUUGCGAUUAUUUUUGUUAAUUCCAUCCGGGCAUUAUCCACAUGACAGCAGCCAGCGCAAGUCUCACCCAAUAUGGCGAUACUUGCGACUGACAUUUCUAGUAUUUUUGGUUUUAUUCUUAACAUUUGUAUUUGCGCAGGAUUUAUUAUUAUGGGUGUUUAAUAAAUCACUAUGGCUAAAGCUGUUUUCCGGAAACAAUCGCAUUCUUAUGUUAUUGGUGCACAUCCGAAGCACGGCGGUGUUGGGAAAGAAUUGGGCAAUAAUUAUGCUGUUCGUUCUCCGAUCGCGUUCUUUACGCGGAUACAUAGAUGGAAAUUUUAAAAAUUUACUCAAUCUUUUCCCGGUCUCCCGACGACGACAACAAAUACAUCAGAUACUGUGCGCCGCGAUAUUUGUGGUCCCAAUUCUCAUAUCUAUGGUCCGGUUAGGUUUCGCGGCCUUCAUUGUAUACACGAAAGGUGAUCCGAAUGACAGAAUUCCUUUCUAUUUCCGGUUUAUCAACAAAUGGGUGUUAUAUACCGCCUCGUAUAUAGCGGAAAUUGUUGGCAGUUUACUAGCCUGGUCCAUUGUGGUUUUCCUGGCUUCACUUGGAAGAAUUCUAAAAGAGUGCUCGGAGCAGUUCAAUAAAAAACUGGUUACCUUACGCGACGAGAUUCGUAUAGUGCAUAAAAACGGGCUGAGCAGGAGUGAGUACAAGGAGUUUAUACGCAAAGUAGCAGACAUCAGGGACAACUAUGAACAACUGGUGGAUGUUUUUAAUGAGCAUGAGGGGCUCCUGUCAGCUCAGACUUUUGUGGCGGUUGUUGGAUACUUCAUGAUGACGUUUUCUUCGUUGGCUGGAUUUUUUCGUCCUGGAGGUCUUUCGACAUUGGGAUUUAUAAUCGCUGCAUUGGGUUGUAUGAUGUAUUUCUAUCAAAUGGCUGUUAUUUGCGUCUAUCCUAUUCGACUGCACGAAGAGAGUGAAAAGUCAGUGGAAAUACUACAACAAAUAAUUUACUUCCAUCAGCGAAGCAGCGGUCAUUCAGGAAGGGUUCCGCAGCUAUCCGAGGCCACGACAACAGUGGAAGAUUUGCAUAUGCAAAUUAAGGAUUUUCAGGAGUUAUACAGUUUUUUACAGCGGAUUUUAACUAAGCCUCUUUCUUUAACUGUGGUGGGUUUCGCUGAUCUCAACAGAUCGUUCCUCGUGACGAUUGCCGCUACCGUCAUCGGAUUCACGCUAUUUUUAUUGGAACAAGCAGAAGGACAAGAGUAUCGUAGUGCGGGCUGCCAAAGUUUCAACAGUUCUGUUUAAGGAUGUCC